UCUGGGCCAUUACUAAUAGGGCCUUGUAAACAAUCGUUAAUCAUGUAAGUGCUGCCGGCCAUCGGCUUCGGACCGGCCCCGGCAGCGAGCAGCGCUCGGCGCCGAGGCAGAGCGGGGCCGCGGCCCCUCCGCCUGCCCCCUCCCCGCCCCGGGGGAGCCCGGCCCCGGGCCCCAGCAGCUCCGAGAGCCCCAGCAGCAUGCGGAGAGCCGCCGCCGGGGUCCCGCCAGCAUGUACGUGAGCUACCUCCUGGACAAGGACGGGCCCAUGUACCCCGGCCCCGUGCGCCACUCGGGGGGGCUCAACCUGGCGGCGCAGAACUUCGUGGGCGCCCCCCAGUACGCGGACUACGGGGGCUACCAUGUGAACCUCGACAGCUCCCAGUCCCCCGGCACGGCCUGGCCGGCUCCCUACGCCGCUCCUCUCCGCGAUGACUGGGGAGCCUACGGGCAAGGGGCGCCGCCGGCCGCCGGAGCCGUCCACGGCCUCAACGGGGGCUCCCCGGCCGCAGCCAUGGCCUACAGCCCUGCCGAAUACCACCACCACCACCCGCACGCCCACCACCACGCCGGCCCCUCGCCCCACUGCUCCGCCGGGGUCAUGCAGCCCCUCAACGCCGCCGCCGCCGGGGCCGCCCCGGAGCCUCUGUCCCCCGGUGGGCAGCGCCGAGGGCUCUGCGAGUGGAUGAGGAAACCGGCGCAGCCCCCCCUCAGCAGCCAGGUUAAAACCAGGACGAAAGACAAGUACCGCGUCGUCUACACCGACCACCAGCGGCUGGAGCUGGAGAAGGAGUUCCACUACAGCCGCUACAUCACCAUCCGGAGGAAAGCGGAGCUGGCCUCCAGCCUGGGGCUGUCGGAGAGGCAGGUGAAAAUCUGGUUCCAGAACCGGCGGGCGAAGGAGAGGAAGAUCAACAAGAAGAAGCUGCAGCAGGCGCAGCCCGGCGCUGCGGAGCCGCUCAGUCCCGGCGCCCCUCUGCAGGGUCCCACGGGGGGGGCGGCAGCCGCCGGGCUGGGCCCCGCCGCCCCCCAGUGACAGCGGCCGAGGGGACCGCAGCUCAGGGACUGCUGGAGGGCACGGCCGCUGCGGGGCCGGGCCGAGCCGUGCCGGGCCGUGCCGGGGCCGGGGGGGUCUCGGUGGCACGGUGGGAGCGGGCCCCCCCCCGCCUAUGCACUACACCGCCCCGCGGGGCCGGCCUUGUGUACAGAGUGUACAGUUUGCGUGUCUCGUCGUCGGGGGGAAUCGUGGCGGUGGCUUUAUUGUUAUUAAUAUUAUUAUGGUUUUCGGUUCUCUUUUUUAUUGUUUUUACCCUGGAAUUUGUUAGAUAAAAGGGGGGCACGGGCGCUGCCUGUGUGCCCCCUGUGAAUCUCAGGGAUCUGCAAGGUUUUUGAAAUGUUGUCGGGCUAACGAUGAAUUUUAACAGGAAGAAAAAAAAUUAAAGCACAUUUUUUUAUUAUUUU